AUGAAAGAAGAGACAAAAAAUGUGAAAUAUUACUUAAACUGUGCAUUGGGAGGAGCAUUAAGUUGUGGCCUAACACACACAGCUAUUGUUCCAAUAGAUGUAGCUAAAUGCAGAAUACAGGUUUAUCCUGAUAGAUUCAGGGGCUUAAUUCCAACACUUUCAAAAUUAGUAAAAAAUGAAGGAUUAAAAACAUUGAGAUUGGGAUGGGCACCAACUUUAGUUGGCUAUUCAGCACAGGGUGCAUUAAAAUAUAGCUUAUAUGAAUACUUUAAGGAUUUAUAUUCUAGUAAGAUAAAAACUGUGAAUAAAAAGUCCUAUAAAGGGUUAAUAUGGCUUAGUGCAUCAGCAACAGCAGAGUUUUUUGCAGAUAUAGCAUUAUGCCCAAUGGAAAUGGUUAAAUUGAAGAUGCAAACUUGUUUAAGGCCACAUACCCGGUCUAAUUCUUUUCUGAGAUCAGUUAGUAAUAUGUACAAGUAUAGAUCUGAAACGAAGUUUCCUUUUGGAAGUAUUAAGCCCUUGUGGUCUCGUCAACUUCCUUAUACAAUGGCAAAGUUCUACUUUUUUGAGAGAAUUAAUCAGUUAUUUUAUGAUAAAAUUUUUACAAAACCCAAAGCAUUAUAUAGCAAGAAAUCCCAACUUGGUAUAACAUUUUUAUCAGGAUAUUUAUCUGGAAUUAUAUGCGCUGCUGUAUCUCAUCCAGCUGAUACAAUAAUUUCUCAGCUUGGAAAAACUGCGUAUAACACCUCAAAAAGAAUUAAUAUAUUGUCUAUUAUUAAGGAAAUUGGUCUAAAGAAUUUGUGUACUGCAGGUUUGGGUACACGAAUAAUUAUGAUUGGUACAUUAACAGGAAUGCAAUGGUGGGUCUAUGAUUCUUUUAAGACUAUGAUUGGCUUAGAUACUUCUGGGAAAAGCAAAGUUCAAUCCCAAGUUUAA